AAAAUCUGCAGUAAUCUGACAUGAACAGAAGAAAAGAGCUCCAGAACCACAAACAAGGAUAGAAAGAUAACAAUGGCAGGGGGUGGUGGAGAGCUGGUGAGCAACAAGCAGGUGAUUUUCAGAGACUACGUCAAUGGUUUCCCUAAAGACUCGGACAUGUUUUUAACAUCUGGUAAUAUAAACCUCAAAGUCCCCGAAGAUUCUGAUGGGAUACUUGUCAAGAAUCUGUAUCUCUCCUGUGAUCCCUACAUGAGACUCUUAAUGAAUCAUAUUCCUAGUCAGAGCGUUUUCACUGCCUACACCCCAGGAUCUCCAGUUACUGGGCUUGGAGUUGGUAAAGUUUUGGAUUCAAAGCACCCAGAUUUCCAAGAAGGUGACUUAGUUUGGGGAACAAUUGGGUGGGAAGAGUUCAGUCUUAUUACAACACCACAAGGCUUCUUUAAGAUUCAGCACACUGAUGUUCCUCUUUCUUACUAUACUGGAAUUCUUGGGAUGCCUGGAUUGACUGCAUAUGCUGGGUUUUAUGAGGUUUGUGCUCCCAAGAAAGGAGAAUAUGUUUUCAUUUCAGCAGCAUCAGGUGCUGUUGGUCAGCUUGUUGGCCAGUUUGCUAAGUUGAUGGGUUGUUAUGUUGUUGGAAGUGCUGGAACUCCUCAAAAGGUUGAUUUAUUGAAGAACAAGUUUGGUUUUGAUGAAGCUUUUAAUUACAAAGAGGAGCCUGACUUGAAUGCUGCUUUAAAAAGAUACUUCUCUCAAGGAAUAGACAUCUACUUUGAAAAUGUUCGGGGCAAAAUGCUGGAUGCUGUGCUUCUCAACAUGAGGAUCCAUGGCCGCAUUGCUGUGUGUGGAAUGAUCUCACAGUACAAUCUUGGUGAGCCUGAAGGUGUCUGUAACUUGAUGUCUAUUAUAUAUAAACGAGUGAAUAUACAAGGAUUCGUAGCAGCUGAAUAUUAUCACCAGUUUCCUAAGUUCUUGGAGGUUGUCUUGCCUUACAUCAGACAAGGAAAGAUAACAUAUGUGGAAGACAUUGUUGAAGGUCUAGAGAAUGCUCCUGCUGCUCUUAUUGGUCUUUUUCGCGGCCAAAAUGUUGGAAAACAAGUGGUUGUAGUUGCUCGUGAUUGAAAAAAAAGCACACGUAUGCUGUAUUUUUUAUAUUAUUUACUAUUUAAUUAUAUAUAUUAUUUAAUUAUUAUAA